AUGAAACUACGUUCUCAAACCAGAGCCUCGCAGCGCGUCGACAUCAGCGUCGCCACCCAGGACAGGCACGAGCCCGCCCUUGGAUGGCCCAGCCUUCCAGCAGAGCUAAGAAUCAUGACUUUGAACGAGUUGAAGGGACUGAUAUCACCUCACGAAAAGAAAAUCCUGGCCAGUCUGGCCAUCGUCUCGAAGGAAUGGCGGCCCUUCUUCGAGCCACUGCUCUGGCAGGCCCUGAUCUUCCGGCCCUCGGUUUCGGGUUCGGGCUUUCAAGGCUUCCAUCGGCACAUCAAGCGCCGGGGGCAUCUGGUCCGGAAAGUCGCACUGCAUGUGAGGGUUGACGAACCCUUUUACCUACCAUGCCAGGAGACGGAUCCAGACGUUGUUAGAAUGGACCUGGAGAGGUUCACCGCCGACCUGAGGUCCUUCUUCUCCUAUCUUGCCGACUGGCCCAGAGACACCUCAACGACCGGCAUCGCGCUCGAGCUGGGUGUCAUCAACCUGAACGAUGCACAGCAUAGGGUUCCAUCCAGAGAUGGGCGCAGUCGUCGUCACCAUUGUCAUUGUAUGAUAAGACACGACGGGACACAACAUUCUCCUCGCAAUCUUGGCCUUCUUAAUAUGUACCCCAUUCGCGAAGUCCUUGUUGUCACCUCACUCUCCGUAUCUCCAACGUUGAGACCGAACUUGUCCUAUUAUACAUUGGACGAUAUCAGCAAGUGGUUCCCGCGUGCCGAACCACUAUAG